AUGGAAACCUGGACGGAUGAACUGAAUGUUGCCUAUAAAAAAUGUUUCAAGGUGGAUAGUAAGUCGAUGUGUGGUCUAUGGAAGCUGCAGCCUCCUAUUGUCCGACCCUAUCGACCUUGGGCGAGAAUAUUUGAGAUCAAUGACGUGAAGUCGGAGAAUUCUGAAAAUUUUACUUGGGAAGAAUAUGUUCAAAGAAUCGAGGAGUUACACUACUAG